GUAGUCAGUGAGCCUUUGAAAUUCUAAAUCAUGGAGGCCAGUCAGGAAACUUCCCUCUUCUUGGUGAAGAUCUUGGAGGAACUGGACAGCAAGCAAAAUACCGUCUCCUACCAGGACCUGUGCAAAUCACUGUGUGCCCGCUUUGAUCUGUCCCAGCUUGCCAAGCUGAGAAGCGUGCUCUUCUACACGGCUUGUCUCGAUCCCAAUUUUCCAGCCACGUUAUUCAAGGACAAGAUGAAAUGCACCGUGAAUAACCAGCAAUCAAAGAAAAUCAUGGUGGCAGCAGAUAUUGUGACGAUAUUCAACCUGAUCCAAAUGAAUGGGGGCGCCGCCAGGGAGAAGCUGCCCACUGGCCGGCAGAAGGUGCGCAAGAAGGAGGCAUCCUUCGAAUCGUGCAGGUCCGACACGGAGAUCUGCACCUCGGCCGAGUGUGAGCCCCUGAACUGUGAGCUGAGCGAGAGGCCUUUCAGCCGCGGCUACCCCACCAGACAGUCGUCCAAGUGCCAGAAGAUGGACUGCAAGGACUGUCUGCAGUUUGUCCCUGCCUCCGAACCCAACUUCUUGCUGGGCGUCAGCAAAGAGGUGAAAACCCGGGCUGCGUCCCUGGACAGGCUGCAGGCCCUGGCCCCGUACUCGGUCGCCAGCCCUCAGCCCUGUGAGAUGCAGCGAACCUACUUCCCCAUGAACAUUGAGAGCGAGUCCAUUUCCGAUCAGGACUCCCUGCCGGUCAACCAGGGCCUCAAGGAGACUUUCAUUUCUAACGAGGAGCCGUUUGUGGUCCAGUCCUGUGUCCAGAAGAGGAACAUCUUCAAAGAGGAUUUUCACAAUCUGAUGGCCGUGUCCCCCAGUUUGGUUGGCCCCGCUAGCAAGGCGGACGGUGAGCAUGGGGAACCCCAGAGUCGAAAGGAGCCCCACAAGACGCCCUUCUUUAAUCACAGCUUUGAAAUGCCCUACAAUAGCCAGUACCUGAAUCCCGUGUAUUCCCCUGUUCCUGACAAAAGGCGGGCAAAGCAUGAAAGCUUGGAUGACCUUCAAGCUUCCACGUAUUUUGGACCCACUCCAGUGAUGGGGACCCAGGAAGCCAGGCGCUGUCCAGGGAGGCCAGGCAAGCAGACCCCCUGGCCAGCCAAAAGCUGGAGCCUAAACACCGAAGAAGUCCCUGACUUUGAACGGUCCUUUUUCAAUAGAAAUCCCUCUGAGGAGAAGCUACGCUAUCCAAAUUCCAGCAGCCAGACCCCCAAUUUCCCAGGCCCAGAUAGGCGCCCGGCUUACCUCACGCCAAAGGAUCAACAGCCAAUUCUCCCUGUUGGCUACGCAGCAAAACCAAAUGGGCUCAAAUCUAAAGAGGUUUCAUCCCCCAUUGACCUGGAGAAGCACGAACCAGUCAAAAAGUUUAAAGACAAGAGCAUUAGCUGCACCAGCGGGCAGCUCAGCUCAGACACCAGUAGCGUGGGCACCCAGACUGAGCAGCAUGUGCUGGAUCCCAAGAAAUGCAAAGACUUGUGCACCUCGGGGCAGGGCAAGUACAGUGACAGGCACGCCAUGAAGCAGUCGGACGAUGACUCGGAAAUUGUCAGCGAUGACAUCAGUGAUAUUUUCCGAUUUCUUGAUGACAUGAGUAUCAGUGGCUCGACGGGAGUGAUACAGUCGUCCUGCUACAACAGCACAGGGUCCUUGUCUCAGCUUCACAAGUCGGACUGUGACAGUUCACCGGAGCACAACCUAACCAAAAUUGCCAAUGGACUCCCCAUCAGCAAAGGAGAAAAGGGCAACCGGCCUGAAAACAGCCACCACUCCGAGGAGGAGUUGAAGACCAGUGUGUGCAAACUGGUGCUCAGGAUCGGCGAAAUUGAACGGAAGCUCGAAUCACUGUCGGGUGUCCGCGAGGAAAUCUCCCAGGUCUUGGGCAAACUAAAUAAAUUAGAUCAGAAAAUGCAGCAGCCUGAGAAGGUGAGUGUGCAGAUAGAUCUGAAUUCCUUGACGAGCGAGGCUCCGUCCGAUGAGAGUGCCUCUCCCCGGAUGUUCCGUGCACACAAUGGCUCCCACGGACCUAAACUGGAGAAUACCGCCGACUGGUGCUGCUCUGACGCCAGUGGAAGCAACAGUGAAAGCCUUCGUGUCAAGGCCUUAAAAAAAAGCCUCUUCACCAGACCAUCGUCUAGGUCCCUGACGGAGGAGAACAGUGCCACAGAGUCCAAAAUCGCCAGCAUCUCCAACUCGCCCAGGGACUGGCGCACCAUCACGUACACCAGCCGUGUGGGCCUCAGUGAGGAAGAGAUGAAAGACAGAGGCCCUGGAGAGAAUAAGGACUGGCAUCGAAAAUCGAAAGAGGCAGACAGGCAGUACGACAUCCCCCCGCAGCACCGACUGCCCAAGCAGCCCAAAGACGGCUUCCUGGUGGAGCAGGUGUUCAGCCCUCACCCCUAUCCCACCUCCCUCAAGGCCCACAUGAAGAACAACCCCCUGUACACGGACAUGCGGCUGACCGAGCUGGCCGAGGUGAAGCGGGGCCAGCCUUCUUGGACCAUUGAGGAGUAUGCGCGGAACGCGGGUGACAAGGGCAAGCUGACAGCCCUGGACCUGCAGACGCAAGAAUCUUUAAACCCAAACAACUUAGAAUAUUGGAUGGAAGAUAUUUAUACGCCAGGCUACGACUCAUUGCUAAAACGUAAAGAAGCCGAGUUCAGACGAGCCAAGGUCUGCAAGAUAGCUGCUCUGAUCGCUGCUGCCGCGUGCACGGUCAUCCUUGUCAUCGUUGUGCCCAUCUGCACGAUGAAAUCCUGAGCCGUGGGGGCGACGUUGCAUACAGCUUGUGACUAGCAAUGUCUUCCUCCAUAGUUUAAAACUGCAGCAGUGUGGCAACAGUUGGCUGAAAUAGAGAUGAA